AUGGGUAGUUUUCAAAAUCCGAACGUCGAUGUUACAGAUGAAUUGAUGGAAAUUGAAUAUGGUUUAGAAGUUUCUGUACCACAUCCUCACGAUGGAGACCGAGUUUCUUACAGCUCCACGCUCGCGGAUGUGGUCGGUGUAAUAACAAGAUCGGCAGCCAAGAAAGAACAAGCACAGAUAACCGCAGGUCAGUCAGAGACGGAAACGGAAGAAGAAACGUAUGACCCUAAAGCUCAGGAGAUUGAACUAACGACAUACAAGGUUCUGCCACAUCAUCCUGAUAUAACACGUUUGAUUGAAGAACAGCUGCAAGAUCUUGAAAUACGGAAGAAGUUAGUUGAAAUUCAAAAAAACCCCACAAAGCAUCCGUAUUUGCUUGAAGAUAGUGUCUUAUAUAAACUUCAGUCGAGAGAUGAUGGUAAAACUGUGUCAAAGCUCAUUUAUCUUCCAAAAUCAAUGAUCAGACCAGCUCUUUAUUCUUAUCAUGAUCAUCCGUUGUCCGGACACUUUGGCAGUCAAAGAACAUACGACAAAAUGAAAUAUAAAUAUUGGUGGCCAAAUAUGCAACAAACAAUAGUGGAGUAUAUUGAGUCCUGCAUGAAAUGUAAACAGAAUAAUUAUAGUCGUCAAAAAAAGCCUGGUCAUAUGCAUCUAAUUGAACCACCUUUUGGACCAUUCCAAGUUAUUGGUAUCGACUUCUGUGGAUCUUUCCUCAGAACACCAAUAGUAGCACUAGCAGACUGCAGUGCACAAUCAACCGCACAGGCUCUUUAUGAUGAAUACAUAUGUAAAUAUGGAGUACCAACAACGAUUCUAUCCGAUAACGGAUCUCAUUUUCAGAACCAAUUGAUGACAGCAUUGACACAAUCACUCGGCCACAAUCAUAUAUAUUCAACAACAUAUCAUCCACAGGCAAACGGUUGUGUUGAAAGGUUCAAUGCAACGUUUGUCCCACAGCUUGCAAAACUCCAAGAUGAAAAAGCAAACAACUGGGACGAGUUUCUCCCGUCGGUUGUGUUUGCUUAUAAUACUAGGCAACAUUUUUCCACUAAAUAUAGUCCAUUUCAAUUACAAUACGGUCGCGCACCUCGCCUGCCACCAGAUCAAGCUCCACCAACCGUGAUCUUCAAUAAACCAUGUAAUUAUUUCUAUCAACUGCAAAAGAAUUUAGAAAUUUAUCAUAAAAUUGCGCGUGAAAAUAUUAUACGUAAUCAACAGUUGUCUAAACAGAGAUAUGAUCGUAACCGUCGAGAUCCCCACUAUAAAGUUGGCGAUUUAGUGUUAACCAGAUACUAUGGCAUCAGACACAAAUUAAGUGAACAGUAUUCUAAAUUUCCAGCUAGAAUCAUUGAAGUUCAACAUCCAGUCUAUUGGGUACAACAAGUAGAAACUACAGCUAUAGCACGAGUUCACGUUAACGAUCUAAGGCUCGUGCUAGAGCAACCAGUUCUCUAA